AUGCACCAGCUACUUCAACCGUACCUCUGGCGUAGGAAUGUGAAGGAGUCUGGCGCAACUUGCCUACCCUACCUGGCCACCGAAGGAUAUGUGCAACACAUCCAGGCUUUGAAGAAUCACAAAGGCUUCAGAGCCGACGCGCGGAACCACGAUGGUGACACCGCUCUUCUUUGUGCGAUUGAAGAAGAUCACGAGAAUGUCACCCUGGCACUCAUCGAGCAUGGUAGCCUACAAGUGAACAUGCGAAAUGGGCGUCGAGCAUGGAGACCUCUUACUCUGGCGAUAUCCUCAGGCCUGACAAAUGUUGUGCGCAAGGUUCUCGAGUGCGACAAUAUUGAGCCUAACGGUGUUCGGUACACGGACUACGGCCGACCCCUCUUCCUAGCAUGUCAAUCCAAAGACGCCGAGAUUCUGAAACUGCUCCUCACCUCAAAUGGCAUUGAUCUAAGCACCACGGACGGAUACAGCCCUGCACGUCGCUGCUAG